AUGGGUUGUGUGAGGUGGGAGAUACACAUGCAGUUCUUCAUUGGGUUGAUGCUGAUUCUCAUUGUGCCAUUUUCUGUUGCAUUGACUGACCCACUUGAUGUUGCAGCAAUAAAUGGCUUAUACGUUGCUCUAGGCUACCCACCUCUUCAAGGGUGGCUUCUUGUUGGAGGAGACCCAUGUGGUGAUCACUGGCAAGGGGUUGAUUGCGUCUUCUCAAACAUAACAGGAUUAAAGCUCAAUGGAGCGAAACUGGGAGGACAGCUGGGUGAUAGCUUGGGACUCUUCGGGUCAAUUAUAGAAAUAGAUUUGAGCAACAACCAUAUUGGAGGGAGUAUUCCAUCACCUUUGCCCCUGACUGUCAGGAACGUUUCUCUAUCAAAUAAUCUGUUCACUGGAAGCAUCCCAGGUGGUUUGUCAUCUUUAACUCAGUUGUUGCAACUGUCAUUAGACAAUAACCAUCUCAGCGGUGAAAUGCCAGAUGCCUUUCAACUGCUUACUGGUUUAAACAGAUUGGAUCUGUCUGGUAAUAAUUUAAGUGGUCAACUGUGUCCCUCAUUGGGUAAUUUGUCAUCUCUUUCUACAUUGAACUUGCAGAACAAUCGCCUGGUUGGAACCCUUAAUGUGUUACAGGAUCUUCCCCUACAGGAUCUGAACAUUGAAAACAAUUUAUUCUCAGGGCCAAUACCUGCAAAGUUGCUUAGUAUUCCAGAUUUCAGAAAAGAUGGAAAUCCUUUCAAUACUACCAUUAUUCCAUCACCUCCAGCACCAGCACCUUCGUUCUUAGCCAGGGCACCUUCUUCUUCUGAACAACCUUGGAAACAGACUAAUGGACCUUCUUCCCCAGUAACACUAAAUUCUGCUACACCUAGGAAAUUUUUGACAGCCAAGACGGUCACUUGGAUUGCUGUUGGAGGAAUUUUAGUACUUAUUGUAUUAAUUUUGUGUCUUCUAGUGAGAUGUUUCAAAGGAAGGAGAGAAAACAAGAAAGCAAAGCAGCAUGAGCUUAAUACAUAUAAGAUCCCUAGGGAGAGUACUAAACACAGUGAAUCAUCACUUCCGGAAGGUGUUCCAAUGGAGAAAGUCCCAAAAGAGGCACUUAUGAAACCACUGGAUGGAUAUGGAGUGGACAGCAACAGAAUGGUUGUAAUUCCAAAGCCGCAAAAGGAAAACAAGAUAGAUGUGCAAAGUAUUGCUGAAAGUUCAAUGCAUAAGAAGGAUCAUGUGGUUGACGUGACAGACAUGGAUGCAGAAUUUUUGCCACCACCCCCUCCCCCGUUUUUCCUUGCUAAGGAUACCACAAAUCCUGUUGGGCCUACUAGAGUAACUACAAGCAGGUGUCCCAUGAAGAGUCCAAACCCAAGCUCUGUAAAAGUUUUUACUGUUGCAUCACUUCAGCAGUAUACCAAUAGCUUCUCUGAAGAAAAUUUUAUUGGAGCAGGCAUGCUUGGCAGUGUUUACAGGGCUAAGCUUCCUGAUCAAAAGGUUUUGGCAGUCAAGAAACUGGACAAUACAGCUUGUAGGGAGCAGAGUGAUGAGGAAUUUAUUGAUCUAGUGUCUAAUAUCUGUACAACUAGGCAUGCUAAUAUUGUUGAACUAGUGGGUUACUGUGCUGAGCAUGGUCAACGGCUACUUGUGUACGAGUAUUGCAGAAAUGGGACUCUCCAUGAUGCACUGCAUACUGAUGAUGAAAUCCACCAGAAACUUUCAUGGAGUGUGCGCAUCCGCAUUGCACUUGGAGCUGCAAGAGCUCUUGAGUAUUUGCACGAGGUCUGUCAGCCACCCAUUGUGCACCAUAAUUUCAAGUCUGCCAAUCUCCUCCUUGAUGAAAAACUUGAAGUACACGUCUCGGACUGUGGUUUAGCUCCUCUGAUAAUGUCUCCCUCUAUGUCUGGGCACCUCCUCACUGCUUAUGGUUCUGCUGCCCCAGAGUUUGAUUCCGGAAGUUAUACUCAUCAAAGUGAUGUCUACAGCUUUGGAGUUGUAAUGCUAGAGCUCCUUACAGGGCGGAAGUCCUAUGACAGGUCGCGGCCUCGUGGGGAGCAAUAUUUGGUUAGAUGGGCAGUUCCUAAGCUUCAUGACAUUGAUGCAUUAUCAAGGAUGGUUGAUCCCUCUCUAAAUGGAGCAUUUACUAUGAACGGGAGCCAGAGUUUCGACCACCAAUUUCUGAAAUUGUCCAGGAACUCUUGCAAAUGGUUUAGUCGGAGCCUCCGCCUCUCUGGCAAUGAACAUAAUGAGGAACAAAUCUUAACUGGGAAACAUGUCUUUCCCAACCGAGAUGGUGAGGUUGCAGAAGUUGCAAGUUGGGGUCUGACAGGGGACUUUCCGGAGGAGUGUUUUAAGGGCAAAGCAACGUCCUCAAGACCUCUUUUAACAUAA